AUGGCCUCGCCCUCCUCUCUCAACCCUACUGCGGAGGUCCCCGAGGAGGUUAAACCUGAGGUGCGAAUUCGUUAUCCCGCCAGAGCACCGUUUAUACGCUACAUGGAGAAGUUGGUGGCACCUAAGGCGAGUGGAGAAAAGGCAUUGCUAGAGAAGCGACCUGCCCCAGCCUACAUGCUGGAACCGUGGCCCAAAAGCAACACCUUUACCAUGAUCAAAAAUGAGCGCAUCAAGGAGCUUCGAAGACAAGCAGACGAGAGGCGCAAAAGUGAAUUGGAACGCUGUCGUAUACCUGGAAAUGUUGCUCACAAAGUUCCACGUCAGUAUCGCCUACCUUUCACAGCACACAAUAAUUUAAAGGAACUCAUCUACGAGGAGAAUCUCAAGGAGGUGCACGCACAUGGGAGGCUGUUUGGACCUCCAGAACUGACCUAUCAACCACGGCGUAAGCAUAAUGUUCCGUUGUUGGAACAGACACGAAUUGAUACAGAAGUGUCGAGGGAGUUGAAGGAUGCACCUGGGGAGAAGCAGGGUGUUUCAUCCGGUGAAAGUGGAACCAGUAAGCGAACAGAGUCAAAUUCUCUCGACUCUUCGCAGAAGGAGAGUGUUUACGACGAGUCCCUAUUGCCGCAGCUGACACACGAUGAACCGAUCAACCGUGCUUCGAUAGCACGUUCUGCAACUACUGGUGCUGGCGGUGCGACUCCAGGGUCUCCCUCGUCCGGUCUAGCACCACGCUCUCCUGAAGCCUACGAUGAGAAUUUCGACCAGGUCAAUGCCUUUAUUGACGGUCGCCGAAAGGUUUGCAUGAUCAAUUUGGCCAUCCGAACAAAGGAAGGGGAAAUCGCGAGGCUAAACAAGAUGCUGGAGGAUGAGGCAGCAUUUCUGGCGAACGAAGAGAAGGAGCUUAUCAUAAGACACGAUGAGCACGACAAGUAUUUGAAGGCGAUUUGUCUGCGAACCGCAGAGGCGAUUAAGAAGGCAGAUUCAGAGACUCGAAAAAGAGUCCAAAUUACGGAUAAGAUCAAACGAACGCGCUACAAGUUGGCACACAUGAAUGCAGAGUGCAUUAAUUUGGAAGAGGAGUUUUUGCGUUUGAGUACGUACAAAGACUUUCUCGACUCGGUAGCAAAGACCUUGGAGGCGACUAGAGCUGCUGAUCAGCGCGUCGCGAAAACAUUUAUGACAGAGGAUGCUGAUGCUGGUGCUGGGUUUGUCGAGCCGACUUCGAUAUCCAAAGAUCAGGAAGAAGUCCCGGAUUCAGCGAUUAAUGCUUUCUUUCGUAGCCCUCAAGACUUAGUUGACAUCCUCGCCGAAUUGGAGUCAAAUAAUCUGACAUUGAUCGAGAAUGUUCAAGAGCAGGAGGAAGCGUGUGAGCGACUGCGUUUGAAAGCUGCAAAACUGCAGAAAGUGCUUGACGCUGAACGCACAACUGUGGACGAACACAUUGCACGGGAGGAGGAGAUAAUUGCUGCGUUGAUGAGGGAGAUUUCGGAUGUUGAGGUGUCAAGAGAGCAAAUAAAGGAAUUCACCCUGUUGGAACGUUACGAUGCUUUUUCACUGGGCAGCAUCGACCAAUUUGAUCCUCCGUGGCUGCGAGAAUCAAGAACUAGACGCGCAAUGGAUGAGGAUGUGGAGAAGCCGACAGUAAGCCAACUGCUUGACAUUCUCCAUGAACAAAUUCACAGACUCUACUGCAGAAUAUUUGGCACUGAUGGAAACACGCGACUAGACACUCUGAUGAUGCUGAAGAUUCUCGAAUCAGCCACAGAUGACUUGGCGCGUAGCCUUGGUAAAUACAGUCGCAUGCAAGUGUUAAAGGCCAAAAAAACGGUAGAUGAACACAAUAGACUCUUGGCAAGACAACGUCAAAAGGAGGUGGAGGCGUUAGCGCAUGAAGCAAAGUUGAAGCGCGCGAUUGCCAAGUCAAAAGAGCCACCAAGAUGGCACCGAGGCCGGCGUAUAAUCGACCGAUCGCAACCGCCCAUGGAGAAGCAGAAAGCGGGUGUUGAAGUGCGCCAAGAAACUGUGACUGUUGAAGACGCUGAUGCGGAUCUGUUUGUGUAG